GACUCUAUAAUGCUUAACUCAAGAGUCGAGUCCUAGGAGGGCCUCAUGGGCCUGGUGAAAGAAGUGGAGCUGGUGCAGAGACAGAGGAGCAGGGUGAUAGGGCAGAACUGGAGACUGGGAAUCUUGUCUCACAGGUAUUGAAGGUGAUGGGAAAAGAAAGGGAGGGUCUUGUUAACAUAUUGCAAAUUUGGGGAAAGGAACUUAUGAAAGCCCUCAGUGCCUCUUCUGACCCCUGGUAUUGGGUGGGGGUGCUUCCAAGGAAGCUGCCAUGCAUGCUUAGGGUGCAUAGAGUUCCUUGCUGUGCUGUGAAUGUUUAAUUCAUUUUUCCCACAAUGCCACCCAACUUCCACUAAACCCGUGCUGCCUUUCAGCAGAUCUAAAAUUGUCACUUCAGUUAAGCACAUUCACUUCUACCUUGCUUUGUGGGUGGGCACCAUUUGGUUUUUGGGAGACAGAUUUUAACAAAAUGAAGGGCAGGGAAACCCUCAGCAGAUCACACAACCAUGUAGGUACAACUGACAGUAAGGUAGGACUGAGAGCUCCUCAGUAACUGAGCUGGGUAAUGCAUGUGUGGGGACUUGAAAUUUUUGUUUUCGAAAUUUCUUUUAAUUUAGUUUUUGACUGUGCUUGGUCAAAACUGUGUGUAAUAAAUUUGUGAAUAAGGCAGGCUUACUGUCGUUCAAAACACUCCAGUAUCCUCAUUCCUCAAAUGUAGGAAGUGUGUGAUGCUUGAAAAUUGAAGAUUCCUGUGAACCCCAGCUGUACAGAAGGCUUUCAUAGUAAGAGAAAGAGUUAAGAAGUUUGUUCUAACCAUCUUUUGUGUUUUCGUGCAAUAAUCAUGACCAUUUGCAGGAAAGCCCUGGUAGGGGAGUUAGGAAGAACCAAGGCACUGGCUGGAAAUUGUCCCAGCAUCGCACCCUUGUUGAGAGUUAUUGCUGCAGGAGAGAGAUGACGUGUCUAUGUAUCAUCCCCAUACUUGAACUGCCCUGUUUCCCAGCUAUGUGAUAUUGAUGGACUCCAGUGUGUUGAUUAUUUUUGUGAACUGCCUGUGUGUCGUAGCUAGACUUCCCCAUUCCAAUAUUAAGUAACUAUUUAUGUGGGCUUUCUUCUUAGUCUCUUCUGAUGUCAGUUUUUACAUUUAAAUCUUCUUUUGAUGUUCGGUAGGGAUCUUUUUUCACCUUCUAGAUAGUCAUUGAUGAGUUGUCUCUACAUCAUUUAUUGAAUGAGUCAAUGUUUCCCACUAAUUGAUAGCCUCCUCCAAAUCCUACUUUCAAGCCAUCACUGCUUCAUGCAUUGUACCUCAUCAGACCUCAAACACCCUGAAUCUGACUGUGGAUAUUCUUAGCAAGUUAACCUUUGGCCUUCAGCAUGGAGUCCUUUGGCUUGUCAAGAGCUCAGUUUCAGGAACAUUGUCAUUUUUUCCUAUACAGCAGAUUGUAUAACUGCACAAUUUAAAUAUUUUGUUCCAUUUUGCUUAAGUGUGAUAAAAAAAAUUAAUGGAAAAGGGAGAAAACCACUAUUGACUUUUUUAAAGGCCUGUAAUUCUAUCACAUUUGACAUAAAGAUAGAAAUCAUUUAGGUUGUGUGGGUGGCAAGCCUUUCUCCUCAAACCGCUGCUUAUAGAACCUAAGUCCAAUGGCAUGAAGGUGAAGACGAAAAGCCAAAUUAAAGAACACAGACAACAGAACACAGACCAUUGUGGGAAUAAGCAAUUUCACAGUCUCUCGGGAGGAAAGGGAAUCUGGGCUGAAACGGUGCCACAGGAGGCGACAAACCGGCUUUCCCAGACUGGGAGAAAAAAUAUGGAAUGUGUUUUACCGCUGACUGAACACAACCAAAUGAACUGUACUGACAGUAGUUUGAAAACCAACAGUUAGCAGUUUGUCCAGGCUCCAACACUGUCCAGCACUUUCCAGAGCAAACUCACUGUUUACAAGAACUCUCGGUCUUACGAAGUUAAUAACCUCAAGCUUUGUUUAUUUAAAAUAUUUCUGCGAAAGAAAAGUACCUGGAGCCUAUUUUCUAAAAUGGCCAUGGAUGAGUAUUUGUGGAUGGUCGUUUUGGGUUUUAUUAUAGCUUUUAUCUUGGCAUUUUCUGUUGGUGCAAAUGAUGUUGCCAAUUCCUUUGGUACGGCUGUGGGCUCCGGUGUGGUGACCUUGAGACAGGCAUGCAUUCUGGCUUCAGUAUUUGAAACCACUGGCUCUGUGUUAUUGGGAGCCAAAGUAGGAGAGACUAUCCGAAAAGGCAUCAUUGAUGUGAACCUGUACAAUGAGACCAUAGAAACGCUCAUGGCUGGGGAAGUGAGCGCCAUGGUUGGUUCAGCUGUUUGGCAGCUGAUUGCAUCCUUCCUGAGACUUCCAAUCUCAGGAACCCACUGCAUUGUUGGUUCGACCAUAGGAUUCUCACUUGUUGCGAUUGGCACAAAAGGUGUGCAGUGGAUGGAGCUUGUCAAGAUUGUUGCUUCUUGGUUUAUAUCUCCACUGUUGUCUGGUUUCAUGUCUGGCGUGCUGUUUGUACUGAUCAGAAUGUUCAUCUUAAAAAAGGAGGACCCUGUGCCCAAUGGCCUCCGGGCACUUCCUCUGUUCUACGCUGCUACGAUAGCAAUAAAUGUCUUCUCCAUCAUGUACACAGGAGCGCCAGUGCUGGGCCUGGUUCUUCCCAUGUGGGCAAUAGCUCUCAUUUCCUUUGGUGUGGCUCUGCUGUUUGCCCUCUUUGUGUGGCUCUUUGUGUGUCCGUGGAUGCGGAAAAAAAUAGCAGGCAAAUUACAGAAAGAAGCUGCUUUAUCCCAAGUGUCUGAUGAAAACCUCAGUAAAGUCCAGGAAGUGGAAUCCCCAGUCUUCAAGGAGCUCCCAGGUGCCAAGGGCAAUGACGACAGCACUGUCCCACUUACCGGGGCUGGUGGGGAGACAGCGGGGACCUCAGAGGGCACGUCUGCAGGGAACCACCCACGGGCCUCCUACGGCAGAGCCCUCUCCAUGACGCACAGCUCUGCCAAGUCGCCCGUCUCCAAUGGCACGUUCGGCUUCGACGGCCCCGCCAGGAGUGACGGCCACGUGUACCACACCGUGCACAAAGACUCGGGGCUCUACAAAGACUUGUUGCACAAAAUCCACGGGGAGCGGGGCGCGGAGGAGAAGCCAGCACCCGACAGCAGCUACCGGCUGCUGCGCAGGAACAACAGCUACACCUGCUACACGGCGGCCAUCUGCGGGCUGCCGGUGCACGCCACCUUCCGAGCGGCCGACCCCACCCCGGCCCCCGAGGACAGCGAGAAGCUGGUGGGUGACACGGUGGCCUACUCCAAGAAGAGGCUGCGCUACGACAGCUACUCCAGCUACUGCAACGCGGUGGCCGAGGCUGAGAUUGAGGCGGAGGAGGGCGGUGUGGAAAUGAAGCUGGCAUCCGAGCUGCCUGGGCCCGAUCAGCCUCGAGAGGACGCUGCGGAGGAAGAAAAGGAGGAGAAGGACACCGCCGAGGUCCAUCUCCUCUUCCACUUCCUGCAAGUCCUCACGGCCUGCUUUGGGUCCUUUGCCCAUGGUGGCAACGAUGUGAGUAACGCCAUUGGUCCCCUGGUGGCCUUGUGGCUGAUUUACGAACAAGGUGGAGUAAUGCAAGAGGCAGCUACUCCUGUCUGGCUGCUGUUUUAUGGAGGAGUUGGAAUUUGUGCAGGUCUCUGGGUUUGGGGGAGAAGAGUGAUCCAGACCAUGGGGAAGGACCUCACUCCCAUUACACCAUCCAGUGGCUUCACCAUCGAGCUGGCCUCUGCCUUCACUGUGGUGAUCGCCUCCAACAUUGGGCUUCCAGUCAGCACCACACACUGCAAGGUCGGUUCAGUGGUGGCCGUGGGCUGGAUCCGCUCCCGGAAGGCUGUGGACUGGCGCCUCUUCCGGAACAUCUUUGUGGCCUGGUUUGUGACUGUCCCUGUGGCCGGGUUGUUCAGUGCUGCUAUCAUGGCUCUUCUUAUGUAUGGGAUCCUUCCAUACGUGUGAUUUGUUUUCUUCCCACCAGUAAACAAGGGAUAGUGAGUGUGUGGGAGGCAUGUGCCCUGGCAUCUCCUCUCCCUUUUCUCUUACACACAGACAGACACACAGACACACACACACAGACACGCACAUGCACACAUGCUCUCUCCCACCCAGCCCUGCCCAGCCCUCUCAGAAGGUUCCAUGCCACACUGCUCACUCAGGCUGCAAAGGUUCAUCUUCCAGAGCUCACUUAACUACUGUACAUAGUAGUGUGCAUUAAAGUGGUGUCGUGCCGAUAUGAUGUGGUGCAGUUACUUAUAUAUUAAAUGCAUAUUGUAUACAUAGAAAUGGUAGCAUUACUUCAAACAUACUCAAAACGGGAGUGGAGACUAUUGCCUAGGAUUCAGUGUCAAUAAAUCUUGUACAUAAUGAUUUCAGUGGCAAAUGUUAAAAACUUUUAAAAGGAAAGUGUAGAUUGGAAAAUCACUUUUUCCAAACAGUAUUUUCCCCUUUUAAUAUACUGUAAGAUAAAGGAUACAAGACACAAACUUGGUUGGGUGUGCACAGGCCUGUGUGUGACUGCACAAUGCUGGGACAGGAGUUCACAACUGCUCUCACUGAAGAAUCUGUUCAUGUACUACGUAUGGACUAUUGUAUAAUAUAUCACCGUUGCUUUGUAAAUACUUAAAACUGUUAUUUUUUUAAUGGUGUGCUUCCCGUAUGCCUUUUUGAUCCGAGACUUUUGGAAAGUACCAAAGAAGCAGGGGAUAGUUACAGUGUUACGUGCUCACGUUGCCUGUCUCCCCUUCUCACUGAUCACUACCGUCAGCCUGCAGUGUGGCAGAGCAGCCAUGCUGUAACCCGCCAAGAGCAGCGUGUGUGGUUGAGGCACCAGCCACCCAUCAUGUACAUGUCCCCCACCAGCAGCACCACUGUUGCCACUCCCCAGAUCCUGGUCAGCCAUCUGGUGGCUUUUUGUUGUCACCAGUGUGGAGCAUGAACAGGCCUAAGGAUGUACAACCGAGCACUACACAUCAAGUCCGGUUUAGCUUCCAUCCCUGUGCGCCCCUGCAGCCUGAAAAGCUGAGUCUUGUCUCAACCAUGAAAGCCAGUGAGGCUUUUUGUGAGCUUUGACAGUCUAGAAAUUCGGGUGCUGAGGGAAGCAAAUAGGGGAACACUCUGGGUUUGAGGAACUCCUUGAGGCCUUUACUAAGCGGAACAUCCGGGGCUCUCAGAGCCACUGGGUUCUCUUCGCUUGCUAGCAGAAGGGAAGAAGUAUGGCUAAUGUGAGAGCCUGAAACUAUGGAAAUGCUGCUAACAUUUUUAUAUUGAUAAACAUUUUCUUGGUACUUCAUUGUGAUUUUUCAUUAAUCAACCAUGUUAAAUUUAUAAUAAAAAG